CCCUCCUAUGGAUCCCUCUCCUUUCUCCUCCACCCAGAUGCACACACCUAACUGACUUUUCAAAUCACACCAUUUCCAUUUACUCAUUUCCCUCUAUACUCUCAGUGCCUCCAACACUAACAAGGCACUGAGAAUCACAAAGAAAAUUAGAAACACAAACACCAUUCAUGGCUUGUGCAACAACAAGACCCACCUUCUCUUUUCACCUCUCCACCACUUUCCCCCAAUCCUCUCACCCAAAACCCAAAACCCAAUUCCUCCCCAAGAUCCCAACCAUCUCAUUGUCACUUACUCACAAGGCGUCCCGCAAAUUGACCAUUACUAACUCCAUUGAUGUCUCCAAUGAAGAUAAACCAACUUCAGACCAGCCCACUCCACCCUCUAUAGACUCCACAGACUCAGAAGAAGCAGAAUCAAAGAUCGAUAAGCGGCGGCUUGAGGAGAAGUUUGCAGUGCUGAACACUGGGAUAUAUGAAUGCAGGUCUUGUGGGUACAAGUAUGAUGAGGCUGUGGGUGACCCAUCAUACCCAUUACCACCAGGAAUGCAAUUUGAGAAGCUUCCAGAGGAUUGGAGGUGCCCAACUUGUGGGGCAGCACAGAGCUUCUUUGUGAGCAAGAGUGUGGAGAUUGCUGGGUUUGCUGAGAACCAGCAGUUUGGGCUUGGUGGGAAUUCACUCACUUCUGGGCAGAAGGCUCUGCUCAUAUUUGGGAGCUUGUUCCUUUUCUUUGCUCUUUUCUUGUCUGGAUAUUUUCUGCAAUAAUCAAAUGUGAGAGGUAUGGGGUUUUUACUU